AUGGCUCAAGUUACAAAGCCGCGGCUAAAUGUUCCCCCAACGGCCAAACGUGUCUCAAGAGCCGAAAGUGGCUUAGUGCAAAGCAGCGAUCGUCACGGAAGGAUCCCAUCGGCUACACCAAGUUCCACAAAGGGACCACUUCCAACCUCCAUCACGACAUUGCCAAGCGAGUGCCCGAACGGUACUAAACCCACCCGUGCUUGGCUAUACGCGUAA